AUGCGUGCUUAUCGGUUUAGGAAAGCAAGCCAAAAGCAGCUACCUCCCUGUCGCUCUGAGCAUGACCUGUAUAGACUGGCAAAAUUAGGAGGACCACAUCAUAUGAGAGCCAGUUGUUCUAAAGUUGCUAUCAAGAAGUUGAUAACUACGAAUAAAAGGUGA